AGUGAACCAAAGCAGUCAAGCAGUGGGUGUGACUGUGAAGCCGAGGGGACGGUGACCUUGUCACAUUUGAUUUAAAACAGCGACAGAGCUGAUACGAUAGUGCGUGUGUUUUGUGAAUGUCAACAGAGAGCACUGCACUAGUCCUUUAAGUGCACAUAUAAAAAAAACAGCACACUUCCGGUAGAACAAGACGAAACAGACAGAGACGCAACGGUGAGAAGAGGACGUUCCCGUCGACGAGGUGAGGGGCUUUUGUUUCAGGAAGGUGGCCAGCUAUCCAUAAGACAGACGAAGCGCGAGGACACCUGCAGACAGACAGAGAGACACACACGGUGACACACAGAGAGACAUGGUGAAGAUCAGCUUCCAGUCUGUCGCGGGACAGAAAGUGGAGAAGGAGAAUGAUGGCGACAAGACCGAGAUUCUCAUUCCUCAUCCGAUGGAUGACGAUGAGCUGGUCCUGCCGCUGAGGCCCAAAAAGUCUCCCCUCAACGGCCUGUGCUGCCUGACGUUUGGCCUGGUUGUGUUCAUGGCCGGUCUGGUCCUAGCCUCCAUUUAUGUCUACCGCUACUACUUUAUACCUCACAUGCCAGAGGAGAACAUGUUCCGCUGCACGAUUCUUUACGAUGACUCCGAGUAUGCUCCGCUGCGUGGGCGUCAGGAGCUGGAGGAAAAUGUCGGCAUCUACUUGGGCGACAACUAUGAGAAGAUCAGUGUGCCCGUGCCUCACUUUGGAGACAGCGACCCCGCUGAUAUAAUCCAUGACUUCCACAGAGGACUUACAGCCUACCAUGACAUUGCUCUGGACAAGUGCUACGUUAUCGAGCUCAACACCACCAUUGUGAUGCCUCCACGCAACCUUCUGGAGCUCCUUAUCAACGUGAAGAAGGGAACAUACUUGCCUCAGACCUACAUCAUCCAUGAAGAGAUGGUGGUGACCGACAAGGUGCACAACAUGCGUGAGCUGGGGCCCUUUAUUUAUCGCCUGUGCAACGGGAAGGACACGUACCGCCUGAACCGCCGUGUCACCCGCAGACGCAUCAACAAGCGCGACGCAAAGGACUGCCACCACAUCCGUCACUUCGAGAACACAUUUGUGGUGGAGACUGUUAUCUGCGAUGAAGCGUGAAACACGCCAGUCAUCCAGCCCACUGAAAGGCACAUCUCCAGUCAUCGCCUCAGCCACUGUAGCAUCCUCCUGUUAAUCUGAGUUACUCUGAGCUUGUGAUUUCGGUUUGAUGUUGAUUUUACCUGCCUGUUCCAAUUUUUUAUUAUUUUUUUUUCUAAUUCCCUUCGGUUAUAUUUACUCUGAAGUGUGAUGCAAUACUAAACAGCUUGUUCUAUCACAGGGUUUUCCAUGUAGCAAACUCCUUCAGCCAAUAACGACUUAUGAUUUCAACACCUCUCCUCUUCCUCUGGGGAUCUGUAUGAUGGUUACUGUCUCCAUGUGUCGUCAUGGAGACUGUUCUUUUGUUUUUGUCCUCUCCCUCCCCCUGGAGGUCUCUCCAACAAUCAUCUGUGCAGAGCAUGACGCCUUGCUUCUCUGAGCAAACAUUAUCCAUAGAUUUCAAUAACCUCUCCUGUUCUCUGCAAUGUUAACACGGAACUGCCGAUGACUAGUCGCUUGCUUGCAUCUCUUGCCUGCCUGUUGCCUCCUCGCUCCCCUUUCUGCUUUUCAUUUCCUAGAAGGUUGCAUUAGGUCUGUAUUCACUUUUAUUUGGUAAAGAAUUCCAUAAUUGAACAUCUUUAUUUUGGGUGCUCUCAUUUGUCAUCAGCUUUUCUCUUUUCUUUUUUUUUGCGCACUCUUCCUUUAAUGCCUUUCGUGAAUCUUUUUUUUCUUUAAAUCACGUCUUUGUUUUCACUUGCAUGUGUUUAUCUAUAAGAGAGAAACAGCUCUGUUAGAAUGUUUUGUAAACCAACGAUUAAAGCCUUAGUCCAGAGUCAGAGACUGGGCUAAAGUCAUUACUGCUGAAAGAGAACAUAUUAUAUGGUAUGUUAGGCAAACAAAAUCAACUUUGAUCUGUAUAUUUUGUCUGCUGAUUAAAUCAUAAUAUCUGUCUGUGAAUAAAGUAGUGACAUUAACUCGGUGUCCGUUGAUGCUUCGUUAAUUUUCAGACCCCCAAACGUUUGUCAGAAUGACGGAGCAACAUCAUCACGCUGCAGCCGCAAUAAAAUCAUUUCAGUUAUUUGUAUGUUUUGUAGCAACAAUCCAAGUUGGUGCAAUUUGUUUGUUGUCAGAUGUGAGAUUCUUUCAUUGUUUAUGUUCUAUAUAUACCUUAGAGGAGUGAGUUUGAUAUGAUGAAUAUUACCUCCUGGCAGAUGACUUUGAUCUCUUCCCUGUCAACAUGUCCGCUGAUGCAGUUGAAAGCGCCAUUAAAAAAAGAUUUUGGUCAAGAA